AUGGAUUGCCUCAGAUCGCAUCUCCCGCAAUCCCUGCAAUCCCUCCUGGACUCCUGCGACUCCUCCUAUGCCGAACAUGCCCCAUUCGCCGCUGUCGCCUUGACCUCCCUACUCGCCGUCUACGUGGGGGUGCUCUACAUUCGAUGCCAGCGCGAGGCUGCUGUGCCCUUUAACGUGCCUCUGCCCAAGGAGGUGCGCGACUCAUCCACUGGAAUCAAGUGGGAGGAUGUCAAGGGACGAGAGAAGCAGAUCCUGGAGGACCAGGUUCGAGGAAAAUGGGAUGAAAACUUGAUCAUGAGCUACUGCCCCGCCGACGGUCGAGUCCUCGGCAAUGGCAUCAAACCCGCAACAAUCGCCGACGUCGACGCCGCCGUGCACGCCGCGAAAGCCGCCCAAAAAGAAUGGUCCCAAACAACCUUCAGCGAACGCAGAAAGGUCCUCCGCACUCUACUCAAAUACGUCCUCGACCACCAAGACGACAUCGUGACAGCCUGCUGUCUAGACUCAGGCAAGACCAAAGUCGACGCGUGUUUCGGCGAAAUCCUCGUCACGGCCGAAAAGCUGAAAUGGACACUCGACCACGGCGAAAAGGCCCUCCUCCCCUCUCGCCGCCCAACAAACUUCCUCAUGAUGUACAAAAAGAACUGCGUCAUCUACGAACCCCUCGGCGUUGUCGCCGCAGCCGUCUCAUGGAACUACCCAUUCCACAACUUCAUCGGACCCGUCAUCAGCGCCCUCUUCACCGGAAACGCCAUCAUCGUCAAACCCUCCGAACAAACCGCCUGGUCCUCAGCAUACUUCCUAGAAAUCGCCCGCAGCGCCCUCCUAGCCUGCGGCCACUCACCGAACCUCGUCCAAACAACAAUCUGUCUCCCCAAAGUCGCAGACCAUCUAACCUCACACCCGGACAUCGCCCAUCUAACCUUCAUCGGCUCCCGACCCGUCGCGCACAAAGUCUGCGCAUCAGCUUCUAAAUCCCUAACACCCGUCUGCGUCGAACUAGGCGGCAAAGACCCCGCCAUAGUCCUAGAAGACCCCACAACCCUCCGCAAUCUACCCGCCAUAUCCUCAAUCCUAAUGCGCGGCGUCUUCCAAUCCGCCGGCCAAAACUGCGUAGGCGCAGAACGAAUCAUCGCCCUACCAUCCUCCUACGAAAAACUCAUCGCACUAGUUGAGCCGCGCAUUAAGAAUCUCCGUCUCGGCUCAAUUACUCUAGACACGGACCCCAAUACAUCCUCAUGCCCUGAUCUCGGCGCUAUGAUUUCCCCGGCUUCGUUCGAUACACUUGAAUCUCUUAUUGCGGAAGCAGUCGAUCAAGGAGCUAGACUUCUCGCCGGUGGAAAACGAUUCGAUCAUCAGACUCAUGUUCGUGGUCAUUACUUCAUGCCUACUUUGUUGGUUGAUGUUACUCGAGACAUGCGAAUUGCGCAAGAAGAACUUUUCGCCCCGAUAUUCCUAGUCAUGCGCGCUGAGUCGGUUAGUGAUGCUAUCGCGCUAGCGAAUUCAACCGUCUACGCCCUCGGCGCUAGUGUGUUCGGAUACCAGAGUGACCAGGUGCAGGCUGUUGUGCGUGGUGUCGAGGCCGGUAUGGUCUCUGUGAAUGAUUUUGGCGCUUAUUAUGCUGUUCAGUUACCCUUUGGUGGGGUUAAGGGGUCUGGGUAUGGACGGUUUGCGGGCGAGGAGGGAUUGAGAGGCCUUUGUAAUUUGAAGGCUGUUUGUGUGGAUCGUUUCCCGAGGCUCGUUGGGACGGCGAUUCCGCCGAGGGUGGAUUAUCCUAUUCAGAAGACGGUUGGUGUUGCGGGGGCGAGGGAUGGGGGGAAGGCGUGGGAGAUGUGUAAGGGGGUUGUUGAGACGGGGUAUCAGAUUACUGUUGUUGGUUGGGGGAGGGGUUUAGUUAGGUUGUUGGGGAAUAUGUGA